AUGUUGCUCAUUGCAAUCUAUGAUCCUGAUAUUCAUUCAACUAACUCUACAUUCAUCGUUCGUUCAGAAGAUCAAAAUAAUGAAAACAAUAAAUCUCUAGAUUCAACAAUAUCUAUUCCAAAUGGUAUUCAACAAUCAACAGUACCAAAACGAAAAUCAAUUGUUCAUCAAUUCUAUAAUGUUUAUGCAGGAAUGUCCGAUGAAGAGUGGACAAAAACACGAGAUGCAUUUAUUGCUGCAUAUUUUAAAAAAUAA